CGUGUGGGCACAUUCGCAAAAAAAGUCUGUGUACUCCUAAUUAAUCAAAUGUAUUGAUGUAUUAGCUGGUAUUAUCUUAAUAUUUCAUAAAUGCUAAUCUGAAAGAGUGGUCAAUUAGCUAAAGUCGUGAUAAACACCAACAAACAGAAUGUCAAAUUUCAUCGCGCUGCAGACCCAGUUGGCCUCUGUCAUGGAGACCCUUGUUCACGCGGCGGUGGCCGAACUGGGUAAACUUGUAGAGGACAGCUCUGUUUUCGUAUUCAGCCUGGAAUUGACCCAGGGGCAUAGCGAGGAUGACGAAUUAUCGGCAAAACUGCAGACGGAGAGUCAGAAUAAGAUGGUAAGUCACCAUGAGUGUGAGAGGAAAGGCCUAGUCUAGCAGCUGGCUAUGAUACUGAAGCGAGUUAGCUAGCUAGCUAGCUUUGCCCAAAUAACACAGAUCAGUUGUCCUAUAAGACAUCAUGUUUAUAAACAGUUACGGGUGACAGAUACCAUGGAAAGUGGCAUGCAAGAAUACAAUAUUCACCCUCAAUCUAUUCAUGGUAUGUUUUGAAAUAAUACAUUACUCAUCUCUUUUUCAUUUACAGACAGACUUUGCCACAAUCAUGGAGGUACUGGGCAAUGAGGCAUUGGGUAAAAUAAUGAAAAUUGUGGAUGAUACAAAGUUUUUGAUGGACUUUGAAUCCAAGUCCUUCAAAGGCAAUAGAGGGAAAAAAGCCAAACCACAAGCGAGCAUCUUGAAUAUUCUCUCAGUCGGAGGAAUGGGUAAGUAACACGUUUUUAUUUCUUUGUUAUCUGUUGGACUACAAGAAGAAGUACCUAUUUAUGCCUCACUUCUCUUUCAUUUUUGCAGCGGAGGAACAUUCUUAUGGCGGAAGUGGUAAAACUGUGGAGCAAACUGUUUCAAUGGAGGUAAGCUCUUUGCAGGUUGCAUCAAGAGUCAUGUAAUUGUUAUAAAACAAUGUAAUCGUUUCUGCAAACACUUUGGCUGGUUUCAGUAGGCAAAACGUUAAAUGUUUAGUCUGUGUCCAUUCUUUGCCAUUUCUAUAAUAUGAUCCAAUUAUGCUCCUAAUGUUCACACCUAAUCAAUCUGUUUGUGCUGGUAGUCUGCAGAUGUGGAGGAAGUGGACACACCAGAAUCUCCCCUCGUCUUGGCUGUCUCUGUCAAAGACGAGCAUGGGCAAAUAGACCUGGGGGCCAUUGCAGAGAGUAAGUAUAAAGCCAGUACUAGUGUCUCGACAGUACAUAAGAUCAGCCCAUAUCAUAGUAUUAACUGUCACCUGAGAUGAUAUUUUGUCAUGGCUAUUUUGUUCACAUACAUGUUUUAUGCUUAUCUUACAGGAGCUGCUGAUGAUGCUUUUGCAGGAAACUCUUCCUCAGAGCACCAGUAUGGUAUGAUUAGCGAUGACCCCCUGGUGAACCCCACAGACAUCCUAUUGGAGACUUUGUUCGCCCAAAAGAAGCUCUUCAUUUGCACCGAGUGUGGGAAAAGUUUCUCCACGCAGAGUAACCUCAAAUCCCACCAGCGACUUCACACUGGCGAGAAACCAUUUGUGUGCAUGUUCUGCAACAAAGCCUUUGCCCACAAACAGAGUUGUAAUGAUCACAUCCGCACCCACACUGGUGAGAAGCCCUUCAUAUGUGGCGUGUGUGGGAAAUGCUUCGGCAAGCAGGCGCACCUCAAGACCCAUUCGAUAAUCCACACAGGUGAAAAGCCUUACAGCUGCACUGUGUGUGGCAAGAGCUUCAACCUGGCACAAAAUCUGUCUAGACACCAGCAAAUUCACACAGGAGAGAAAAUCUUCACCUGUUUGCUGUGUGGGAAAGGCUUCACACGAGCUGUAACACUGAAGACCCAUCAACUCAUUCACACUGGACAAAAGCCCUUCAAGUGUAUUCAGUGCGAGAAGAGUUUCCGUCACGCUGUCAAUCUGAAGAACCACCAGCGGAUUCAUACAGGCGUAAGGCCAUUUAGCUGUGACUUGUGUGGCAAGACAUUCCGUCAAUCGGUGAAUCUGAAAAUACACAAGCGCAUCCACACUGGAGAGAGGCCAUAUAUCUGCACAGAAUGCGGCAAGACCUUCAGUCAGCAGAGUAGUCUCAUGUCUCACGGACGCACCCACUCUAACGAGAGACCUUUCGAGUGUAGCUUCUGCGAGAAAAGAUUCAACAACGCCAACAGUCUGAAGUUGCACCAGAGAAUCCAUACAGGAGAGAAGCCGUACAGCUGUGAAAUCUGUGGGAAGACUUUCAGUCAGGGCAGUCAUCUCCGAACACACAAGAGGCAUGUCCACGCAGGAGGGAAACAGUACAUCUGUGAUAAAUGUGGGAAGAGGUAUUCAGACAAACGAAAUCUUAAGAUGCACAAAUGCGUUUAUGCCUCAACCUAACAUGGUGAUGGGCAAACGGUUUCAAUUUUUGAGUGGCUUUUGUUGUUGUUUGCUUUGCUGAUGAAGGAGAGCCUUGAAGCCUGGCAUUUGAAUCUCUAGGGAAACCCCCUUCAACUUGAUUUUAGCCUGAGCAAAAAUAUAUGGUUUAUUAUGAAAUAGGAUUUGCUGUCAGGAGUUAGGUGUUUUUGUUCCCAUUUAAGCAAUUAUGAAAAGUAAACUAGUAAAACGCAGAAACCAAAUAUGCCUAUGUUAAAUAAUGUAAUGUUAGUGUAUACUGUAUAUAAUCAAGCAGCUUUUAUAAGAUAGGUUAUUUAGCUUAAAUAAGCAUAUAGCUAACAUUUUGCAGCCUGAGAUGUAUUGAUAUAAUUUGUAAAAAAGCCUGUAAAACUGAAUCUGGAGUUUGGGCUAUGAAAAAGUGGUAGGUUAUUUAUUGUUAUAACAGAACCGCUCGGCUGACUAGUCUGUACUUCCAAAACAUCAGUCUGCUUUUAUUUAUUGUUUACCACAUGUACUUGUUUCUUAAAGACCCAGUGCAGUCCAAAUAAUGUUUUCCUGUGUUUAUAUCAUAUUGUACAACAGCU